AUGGCCGCGGGCGGCUUGCACCGCGCGGCGACGUCGAACCACUGGCUUCGCAGCGGCGUCCCGUUCGUGACGUUCAUGCUCGCCGGGUCCUACGGCAUCAGCGUCGUGCUGCAGGGGAGGAACGACGUGCGCGACGCGAGGGCGGACGUCACGGACAUGCGCGCGCCGUCGAGGACGCAGACGGCGCGGCGUCGCAAUCGCGCGUUCGAUCUCGACGACGAGCGCGAGCGGACGAUGGACGCGCUGGGGGUGAGGGACGGCGCGCGCGACGUGAAGAUGGUGCCCGUGCCGAGGCCGUGGCAGGAGCCGGGGGCGAACGGACGGCGGUGGUGGGGGGGUGUGAGGCGAUGGCUGAAACGCGGGGAGUAG